AAUAGAGAUUGUGUGCAUAUCUCGUCAGUCGUCACUCUGACUGAGUUCAUGUGUCCGUUUUUAUUAACAAACCAAAGUAUUUGCUUCAUUACUUAUCAGUGAGUCAUAAUACCUAGGCUAGGCAACUCUACAGAAGAAACAAACAACAAAGGAAAAAUGGAGAAUCCAGAAGCAAACCAGCUUCCUGAAGUUGAUUCAUUGCCAGAUGGAUUUGUUGAGGGGACUGCAGAACCGGUUGCGCCUGCAACUCCAAUUCCCGAACAAGAGAAGCCCCUCAGUGAAUCUGAUUACAAGGAGGGUGUUAUCGUUGAUUGCAGUCAUCCUAAUGACAUAUCAAAUGUGUUGGGAGAAAAGGAGUUUCAAAACAAUCACGACGGCUCAGUGGAGGUUCCUUCUAAUAGCUCUAUGCAACAUACUGAAGGUACAGAUAUUGCAUCAACUCUAGCUAGUUCGGUUUCCGAGUCUCCAUUAUCCAGAAGUUGUGAGGUAAAAGAGCAACAACAAGGAGAAUGUGAAAGCUCAGAUAAAUCUAAACAACCUUUGGAGACAAAAGCAGUGCCUCUAAACGAAAGUGCUCCAGAGAUUGUUGAUUCUUCAAAAAACAAAAAACCAGAAACUAGCGAAAAACGCAAGGUUUCAAAGCGUACACUUAAAGCAGAAAAGGAGCUAUUAGAGUUUUCGCUCAAGUAUCAACAAGUAUUGGCUGAAAGAGAUUCAGCUCAUGCUGUCAGAGAUAAACUUGAGUCACUAUGCAGGGAGUUACAGCGUCAAAAUAAAAUGUUGAUGGAAGAAUGCAAACGUGUAUCAACUGAGGGUCAAAAUUUGAGGCUGGACUUGUCAGCCAAGUUCCAAGAUGCAAUCAAGGAUGUGAGCAGCAGGCUUGAAGAACGAAAGGAUGAUUGUCUUUCUCAGCUAAAGGAGAACGACAUGUUAAGAAACAAUCUAAAGCAGCUUGCUGAGCAAUAUGAACUAUCUGAGCAGCAAUAUGCACAGAAGUUAAAGCAAAAGUCGUUGGAACUACAGAUUGCUGAAUUAAAAAUUAAGCAACAUGAGGAAAAAUUGGCUCAGGAACAGUCACAAAUGAAAUUAUAUGCAGAACAAGUAUCUCAGUUAUUGGCAACCGAGAAGAGUUUGCGUUUGCAGCUGACAACUGAUGGAGAGAAAUUCCAACAAUUCCAGGAAGCAUUGACAAAGAGUAAUGAUGUAUUUGAGACAUUUAAACAAGAGAUUGAGAAGAUGGCAAAAUCAAUGAAGGAACUCAAGAAAGAGAAUCAAUUCUUGAAGAGUAAAUCAGAGAAGUCUGAUAUUACGCUAAUAGAGUUAGUUGAUGAGCGCGAACGCAUGAAGAAACAACUGGAGAAAACGAAAAAUCAGAAGGAAAAACUCGAAUCGUUAUGCCGGUCACUUCAGGCAGAGAGGAAGCAAAGUUUAUCUGAGAACAAGAGUAAUAAUAACAACUCAGUUCCAACAUGAAGAUAAAACUAGAAGAGGUGUUUAGCAACAACUUCUCGAAGGAAAUGCAUCUUUCUAAUACAUUGUUUAUAUUUGCAUGCAAUUACAUAAUUGUGUGAUUCUUUUGCUAUAUUAAUAUCAUUUACCUACUUUCAAGAUUUUAUUUAAACAGGGUAGUAGAACAAUCUUCUAUUAUCUGUCCUUUUCCUUUUCAUGAACUUUAUAACAUCCUCAGUUUGCGCAAGAGCAAUGAGACACGUCGUUUUCGUGUUAACUUAGUUUGGGAGGUUCUUAAUGACUGUCCAAAACAUGUACUCAGUGAUUUUACGUAUGUGUGUGUUUGGUGUUUCUGGGUUAAGAGAAAAGUAUUACUCAAUCUUUAUAGAGUACAAAA